AUGUCAUCAGUAUGGGAUUUCUGCACUCAUUUCUCAGAUGUCAUUUCAUGGGGAAACCAGUGGUGGCAGUGUGAAAUGUUGGCUGUUUUCUCAGUGUUUCCGUUUUGUUUAAUAAAGCUUGGGAACAUACAUGUAAAAUAUACUUACGCAAAGCAAAGGCAUGUAGUUAGGAUACGAGAUUUAAUCUCAUUUGAACCACAUCUUGAUGGUAGGGUAGGGAUUCUCUAA